AUGGGAAUUGAAAUAUUACAAGAAUGUUGUUGGAUAUGGAGUUUUCAAGCACUUUCUCAGUUUCGGCAACAACAAUAUUGUCAACCUAAAAUACCAUCAAGUUCUCUUUCUAUAUUGCAUUAUAACAUUCGCUAUUUCUAUUCCAAUCAAGCCGAUCUUAUUGAUAUGGUGAAUGUCUUUUCUCCAACAAUAAUCUCUCUUAAUGAACUUGGUACCAUGGUUCCGGCGAAAACAAUCAAACAACUUCUCUUUCCUUACAAUGUUUAUUUAAAAGAAGGUACAAAUUCACAUGGUGGUGUUUUUCUUGCCGUAGACAAAAGAUUGAGAUGUCAUUUGAUAGAAAUUAAUGAACCGAAUAUAAUAGAAGUUCAAAUGAUAGUUGGUGAUCAGCAAUUUGUUGUUGCAAGUAUUUAUUCACCACUUACAGAUCGAUUACCAUUAGCUACUAUGACAACCUUGCUUAACCACUCAAAAAAUAUUAUCAUCGCAGGUGAUCUGAAUGCCAAGCACCCUGAUUGGGAUUGUCCUCAGGUGAAUACAAAAGGGCGUGAUCUAUCUAACUGGCUCAUGGCACACAAUUUGAAUGUACUUAAUGCUGAUGCUAAAACAUCACUGCGCUCCAACACAACAAUUGGUCUUAUUAUAUCUAGUGAAUUCCCUGAAAUAUCAGAAAGUCAAACGCUAGCUUAUGCAGGUAACGACCAUCUACCUACGUUCACAAAGUUCUUAUGUCUUAAUGUAUCAAUGGAUAAACACCUCGUACCUCGAACGUUUUGGAAAUUAUAUUCCUCGAUUCUUACUGUCAUACAUGAUCAAUUGCAAGCUGAUCAAGAAAUUUCAAUAAAUGACUCCAACAUCACAUACAAGUGGUUCAUUAUGUUUGAACAAUUUCUGGCUGCUCUUAAACUUCGAGUAACAGAAUGGAAAGAAGUCAAACGAAAACGACCAUCAAUUUCACCAUCAUUAAGAAUACUUCUUCGUCACAAACAUUAUUUGCAAAAUAGAUACCGUCAUACAAAACACGAAGAAGAUCGACUGAGACUACGUUCAUGGAAUAUUCUUGUUAAACAAGAAUUUCGAGCUUAUAAGCAACGAAAUUGGGAACAAUUUAUAUCAAAUGUUGCUUCACCAAAUCCAUCAACAUUUUGGAAUACAGUGAAAAUGUUGAACAAAAAGGAAUCAAUUGACUUUUCGGCAUUAACGGAUGGAAAUACGGUACAUAGAUCCCCAGAAGACAUAGUAAAGUGCUUAAGUCAUCACUUUACUGAACGCCAUUCCCCACCAUCAAUGAACAUGGUCAAUGUGCAUGAUAGAGAAGCUGAUGAAUUAUGGAAAUUAUACAGUUUAGCCGAUAAAGAUGAUAUUAAAUUAAUAUCCAGUCAAUCUGAUCUUCAAUUUGAUGAACAAGAUAUAACAAAUACAAUUCGAUCAUUAAAAAAUAAAAACUCAUUUGGUUUUGAUCAAGUGUCUAACAAAAUGGUCAAGCUUCUUCCGACACAUCACCAUCUUCUGCUUGCUCAUGCUUAUAAUGAUCUAUUUCGUGCAGCUCAUUGGGGCAAAGAAUGGAAAACAGCUCGUACAAUUUGUCUGAAUAAAAGCGACCACCCAGCACCAACUGCAAAUCAAUUACGUCCAAUUUCGCUGUUCCCAACAUUCACUUUUGACAAGCUUUGGCAACAAGGAUUGCUACUGAAAUUAAAUAGAUUUAACUGUCCAUCGGCUUAUCUUGCUUGGAUAGCUAGCUAUUUCUCUGAUCGCACUCUUAAGAUUAAUUAUGGUGGUGUUGAACCAGUAUUGGUCAACGUCGAACGAGGUGCUCCUCAAGGUAGUUGUCUUGGUCCUGUAUUGUAUGUCAUUAGUCAUUAUGAUCUUACUCAGUAUUUUGAAAAUCCGGGUUAUGUACAUGCAUACGUUGAUGAUAUUGCAAUUGCUUAUGUACCAUCAAUUCAUUUGAAAUCGAAAUUUCAAGUCGUCGAAAUUGAAGAACGUGAUAAUUUAGCUAAAUAUCAUAGACGAUAUGUUCCAACAAUUUAUUCAAAUCUAACAUGUUCAUUAUGUGACACAACUAGUGGAAUAGCACCACCAUCGACCCGAUAUGGAAUGUCUAGAACAAGAACUUGA